UUUACAUGCGUUGAUUGACGGUGGAGUGAAAGCACAGGAACGGCGCAGAUAGAGGUGAGCGCGAGUGCUUCCGGGUGGCGGCUGUAAACUGCGUCCCCGCUUUCAAAGGUCGCUCAUUGAUGCUCUGUCUCAACUCGGAGGAGGGUCGUUCCGACUGCACAGCUCCUCCUUGUGUCUCCGAUGGCGAGUCUUCUGCGCGUGGUUGCCACCAGCUGUUCCAGCCCCCUGUUCUCCGGGCUGGCCUGUGCUAAGACUGUCCGGACGGUGAAGACCCCAUGUGUGCGGUUCUUUAGGACCCAUCAAGCCCUCUCUCGCCUCGCUAGUCCAGGCAUUCCAUACAAACAGCUGACUGUCGGCGUUCCCAAGGAAGUCUUUCAGAAUGAGCGUCGAGUGGCCAUCUCUCCAGCCGGAGUGGAAGCUCUCAUCAAGCAGGGCUUUAAUGUGGUGGUGGAGUCUGGCGCAGGGGAAUCUGCCAAGUUCUCCGAUGACAUGUAUACAAAAGCAGGAGCCGCCAUCAAGGACGCCAAAGAUGUUUUUGCAUCUGAUGUUCUGCUUAAGGUGCGUGCUCCCAUGUUGAACGCCGUUCUGGGAGUUCAUGAGGCUGACCUCAUGAGUGAAGGAGCCACCCUCGUCAGUUUCAUCUAUCCCGCUCAGAACCCUGAGCUGAUGGACCACUUGUCCCAGCGCAAGGCCACCGUCCUGGCCAUGGACCAGGUGCCCCGUGUUACUAUUGCUCAGGGUUAUGAUGCCCUCAGCUCCAUGGCCAACAUUGCUGGUUAUAAAGCCGUGAUCCUGGCAGCCAACAACUUUGGCCGCUUCUUUACUGGUCAGAUCACAGCCGCGGGGAAGGUUCCUCCUGCUAAGGUGUUGAUCAUUGGAGGUGGAGUGGCUGGGUUGGCCGCUGCUGGCUCUGCCCGUGCUAUGGGUGCCAUUGUCAGGGGAUUUGACACCAGAGCGGACGCACUGGAGCAGUUCAAGUCCCUGGGUGCCGAGCCCCUGGAGGUGGAUGUGAAGGAGUCAGGAGAAGGCCAGGGCGGUUACGCUAAGGUGAUGUCCAAGGAGUUCAUCGAGGCAGAGAUGAAGCUGUUUGCCAAGCAGUGCUUGGAUGUUGACAUCAUUGUCACUACUGCGCUUAUUCCCGGUCGGAAGGCCCCUGUGCUGAUUACUAAGGAAAUGGUGGAGACCAUGAAAGAUGGUUCAGUGGUGGUGGACCUGGCUGCAGAAGCUGGGGGCAACAUUGAGACCACGGUUCCUGGAGAACUCUCCGUUCACAAAGGUGUGAUCCACAUUGGCUAUACUGAUCUUCCCAGUCGCCUCCCGACUCAGGCCAGCACAUUAUACUCUAACAACAUUAUCAAACUAAUCCGUGCCAUCAGCCCGGACAAGGAAGUUUUUCACUUUGACGUCAAAAACGAGUUUGAUUACGGCACAAUGGACCACGUCAUCCGAGGUUCAGUAGUUAUGCAGGAUGGAAAAGUGCUUUUCCCUGCGCCGCAACCUAACAACGUCCCAGUGGCAGCACCUCCAAAACAAAAGUCUGUCCAGGAGCUGGAGAAGGAAAGGGCAGCUGCCAUCUCGCCCUUCAGAGCCACCCUCACCACAGCUGGGGUUUACACCGGAGGUCUGGCUUCAGCGAUCGGUCUUGGGUUGUGUGCUCCCAAUGCAGCUUUCACUCAGAUGGUUACAACCUUUGGCCUGGCGGGAAUCGUGGGAUACCACACCGUGUGGGGUGUCACUCCUGCUCUUCACUCCCCACUUAUGUCUGUUACAAAUGCCAUUUCUGGUUUGACUGCUGUUGGUGGGCUCUCCCUCAUGGGUGGUGGAUUACUCCCUAGCUGCACAGCCGAGACCCUGGCCGUACUGGCUGCUUUCAUCUCCUCUAUCAACAUCGCCGGUGGUUUCUUGGUUACUCGGAGGAUGUUGGACAUGUUCAAACGGCCCACUGAUCCUCCAGAAUACAACUACUUGUAUCUUCUUCCUGCUGGUUUGUUUGUUGGGGGUUAUGGGGUCGCUCUUCAAAGCGGCUACAACAUUGAACAGAUGAUGUACUUGGGCUCUGGGUUAUGCUGCGUGGGAGCUCUUGCAGGUCUGUCCACCCAGUCCACGGCCCGUCUCGGUAACACCCUGGGCAUGAUCGGAGUGGUCGGUGGCAUUGCCGCCACUUUCGGAGCGCUGAAACCUUCUCCUGAGCUCAUGGCACAGAUGAGUGCGGCCAUGGCGGUGGGUGGCACUGCUGGUUUGACCAUUGCCAAGAAGAUCCAGAUCUCGGACCUGCCGCAGCUCGUUGCCGCUUUCCACAGUCUGGUGGGUUUGGCGGCCGUGCUCACCUGCGUGGCAGAGUACAUGGUGGAGUAUCCACACUUCGCAACUGAUCCUGCAGCCAACCUCACUAAAAUCGUUGCCUACCUGGGGACCUACAUUGGUGGAGUCACCUUCAGCGGAUCUCUGGUGGCUUAUGGCAAACUUCAAGGUCUGCUGAACUCGGCUCCCCUUAUGCUUCCUGGUCGUCAUGCGCUGAACGCCACCCUCAUGGCAGCCAGUGUGGGCGGCAUGAUCCCCUACAUGCUGGAUCCCAGCUAUACCACUGGCCUGACCUGCCUGGGCUCCGUGUCUGCACUCUCUGCCGUCAUGGGCCUGACCCUGACAGCCGCCAUCGGAGGGGCCGACAUGCCCGUGGUGAUCACAGUGCUAAACAGCUAUUCCGGCUGGGCCCUGUGCGCUGAGGGCUUCCUGCUCAAUAACAACUUGCUGACUAUUGUGGGUGCCCUCAUUGGCUCUUCUGGAGCCAUCCUCUCCUACAUCAUGUGUGUGGCCAUGAACCGCUCACUGACAAAUGUCAUUCUGGGUGGCUACGGCACCUCAACCACCGGCACAGGCAAGCCCAUGGAGAUCACAGGUACCCACACUGAGGUCAACGUGGAUCAGUCGGUGGAGAUGAUCAAGGAGGCUCAGAAUAUCAUCAUCGUUCCAGGUUAUGGUCUGUGUGCAGCGAAAGCUCAGUAUCCUAUUGCUGAUCUUGUCAAGUCACUGGUUGAGCAGGGCAAGAAAGUCAGAUUUGGAAUCCACCCUGUGGCCGGUCGUAUGCCAGGCCAACUGAACGUUCUGCUGGCUGAAGCUGGUGUGCCAUAUGAUGUUGUGCUGGAGAUGGAGGAGAUCAAUGAGGACUUCCCUGAAACUGACCUGGUUUUGGUAAUUGGAGCUAAUGACACAGUCAACUCAGCAGCCCAGGAGGACCCCAACUCCAUCAUUGCUGGCAUGCCUGUUUUGGAGGUCUGGAAGUCCAAGCAGGUCAUCGUGAUGAAAAGAUCUCUGGGAGUUGGCUACGCCGCUGUAGACAACCCUAUCUUCUACAAACCAAACACAUCCAUGCUUUUGGGAGAUGCCAAGAAGACUUGUGAUGCUCUGUCUGCCAAGGUCCGCGAGGGCUAGAGAGGAAAGAGAAGAUCUGACCUUGCUUUGCACCAGAUGAGUCACAGAGACGAGGAGAUCGAACAAACCCAAUAAACCUUUAGAUCUAAAUUAGCACUAAUAGGAUCAAGCUCUUAAUGACACCCUCUAUGCCCAUUUUGAUUUUGCUGUAGAUAUAAGUAGUUUAUUCAGUAUUUCUAGAACUUUCGUUUUUCUGUUCAUUUAAAUGUUCUUUUUUUCGGUCCCCCAUUUGAAUGAAGUUAAAAGGAAAAAAGCAUUACAGCAUCACAUUAAUUUGCAUUAAUAAAUCAAGCUAACCAGUUAUCAUCUGGUUUUGUAUGUAUUAUAGAUCAGGUUUUAUAUAGCACAGCAAUCUGUUUUUAAAUCUGUUUUUUGGUAGUGUUAUCAUACAUAUGACUAAUUUGUUUCAAAGCCAUAAACUGUAUGCUUUUUCCCUUUUUCUUGCUUAAUUGUUUAUUUCUUGUGAACUUACCAUGUGCAUUAAGUGACCAGCUGGUGGUAUAUGGUGGUGUUCCAAGGUGAGGAAUCAACUUUCAGAUGCAGCUUCAGAGGACCAUUUCCAAACAAUGCAAAUUUUCUCUUAAGAGCAUGAAGCUUUGAAGGAUCACUAUUGAGAUGAAGUCCUAGCGAAUAUCACUAAAGAUUUACGGACACAGAAUGCCAAACACCUGUGGCUCCUCCAUAAAAUGAUUUGUAUUCCCCGACCACUCGUAAUUCAAGUGAAUGUCACCGUAGCGGUGAGGUUAGUAUGAGUAGUUACCGUAUAUCUGCCCUGUUGUCCUCCCAAAUUUGUUCCCAGCAGUAAUCCUCCGCAGUAUUUGACAGGGAUUUGAACAGAUGUACUGUACUUUACCCACUGGGACCUAAUGGAGUAGAUCCUACACGAUACAGGAAUCAAGACAGACCAUUACAACAACCCUACCUCUCCACAGUUUCAACUCGACCAAAACAAUCCUUCACUUCCCCAGUCACACACUCCUCUGCUAAUGUUUGACUCGAGCUGGGGUGCGUGUAGUUUGUUCCUCGAUGUAGAUUUUGCGGAUGCAGGAAGGUGGUACACCAUUCUUCGCAGUUAAGCUUCAAUUUAGAUGCUGAAUUUCAUCUGAUUCAGGAAUGUUUUAAUAUGUGAAAACAAAGUAAAUUGUAAGGGAAUCAAUUGCUGCAAGGGAAAGGAAGUAUUUAUCGAACACCGGUUCGGGUUAAUACAGAGUUUUGUGUUCCCUCCCGCUCCUUCAGGAUGUUUUUGUAUAGACAGGUUCUUGCAUAGAAAUAAUUCUGCUUUGCCGCAAUACAUGGGAGGGAAGAGGGCGAGUCUUCAAAUCUUUCAUUGUGCCAUGGUGAGGAAUUAAUGUCAUACUGUGAAAUACUUUUUCUCUCCACUGUAUCACAGAGCAUCCCUCUUAAUAAACAUCCUGAUAAGAGAA